GCUGCCCUGCAACCUCACAACACAUCCAUACAAUCCGGUGCAGCCAGGCAGCCAAGCUCAGACACACACACUCACACGGCGGGGUCUCGGAGGCGAGCGCCUCUCCCGACGAGUCUCGCCGCCCUCUUCCCGGGCUCGCCGCGACUUCUGCCUCGCCGGAGCUGAGCGAAGCUGAGCGAGAGAGGAGGAGCGCCCGGCUGCCCGGCGCGAACAUUCAGAAAGCAAAGAAAUAGCUGCGAUCAUUUCCUUUUCCUUUUUUUUAAAAAAAUAACUGCUUUGAAGAGACAAAGAGCGGGAAGGCAGGAGAAACCCAAAGAGGACGCCGGAGAGGAGACAAGACAGGGGAAGAGGCUGGCUGGAAUCAAACUUUGGCAAAGGCACCGCUGCUGGGGGGGGGGGAGGGGAAAACGGAAGCCACAUUUUUCCUACAACUUUUCGAGCGCUGCGAAUCGUAAGAGACCUGAUUAGAAGAAGAGAGACCUAUAUAUAUUUUUAGUUCGUAGUUUCUUCUACUCCACUCACUCUCUCGCUCUGUGUGUCCCUACAGGCGCACGCAUUCCACCUUUCUUUCCGUUUUUUUUGGGGGGGCAGCCGCAGGACGGGGGGGGAGCUCACCCUGUUCCCCACCGACUCCCACUUUUGCAACGCAAGAGCUCACCGGAAGAAGCCGGCCGGCUGGCCAGCCUCCCCGAAGCAGAUCUACCUGCACGACCGCCGUCUCCUUUCUCCCCUUCGCUCCUCCAUCGCCUUCUGGCAGAAACCGUGGCCACGCUUCGGGGGUCCGAGGGGCCUUUUCUGCCCCGCACGAUUUCCUGUUCCUCCCAAAGCAGACUUUGAGUAAAACCAGCCCUCAGUAGAAGCAGCUUCCAUCCAGGAGGAGGAAGCGCUCCGAAGCGCCUUAGUUCCGGGUGAAGAUGUUUCCCAGCUUGGAGUCGGCGGACUGGACUGCCUGAUGGCCGCGUGUGUCACCCUCCUGCUCACACCCCCUCCGGUGGCUCGCCGCCUUUUCUGACGACCCCCUUUCCCCUUCCUUCCUCCCUCCCUCCCCUCCUCCUCCUCUCCUUCUCUGGUGAACUGCAGCUCCAGGAUGAGCUGUUAAAGGCCGGCCCGAGAUUGAGAACUGGUUCAGGCCGCUGGAAGACCCCAUCCGAGGGAGGCGCUGGAUGAACAUCUCCAUGAGAGAGCCCGUGAUCCCUGGGACCAGCAUGGCUUACCACCCCUUCCUACCUCACCGGGCCCCGGACUUCGCCAUGAGCGCCGUGCUGGGACACCAGCCCCCUUUCUUCCCGACCCUGGCGCUGCCCCCCAACGGGGCCGCGGCUCUCUCCCUCCCCGGGGCUCUGGCCAAACCGAUUAUGGAUCAACUGGUCGGGGCGGCGGACUCCAGCAUGGCCUUCUCCUCCCUGGGACACCAAGCGGCGGCUCACCUGAGGCCUCUGAAGACCCUCGAGCCGGAGGAAGAGGUGGAGGACGACCCCAAAGUCCACCUGGAAGCCAAGGAGCUUUGGGAGCAGUUCCACAAACGGGGCACCGAGAUGGUGAUUACCAAGUCCGGAAGGCGAAUGUUCCCCCCAUUUAAAGUGCGGUGCACAGGGCUGGAUAAAAAGGCCAAAUACAUUUUGCUGAUGGACAUUGUGGCGGCGGACGAUUGUAGAUAUAAAUUCCACAAUUCCCGAUGGAUGGUGGCCGGGAAAGCCGACCCCGAAAUGCCAAAGAGAAUGUAUAUCCAUCCGGAUAGCCCGGCUACCGGCGAGCAGUGGAUGUCGAAAGUCGUCACCUUCCACAAACUGAAACUUACUAAUAAUAUUUCGGACAAACACGGAUUUACUAUCUUGAACUCUAUGCACAAGUACCAGCCGCGGUUCCACAUUGUCCGGGCCAACGACAUUCUAAAACUGCCUUACAGCACCUUCCGCACUUACGUUUUCCCGGAGACCGAAUUCAUCGCGGUUACCGCAUACCAGAACGAUAAGAUAACCCAAUUAAAAAUCGACAACAACCCAUUUGCUAAAGGCUUUCGCGACACAGGGAAUGGGCGAAGGGAAAAAAGAAAACAGCUCACCCUUCAGUCCAUGAGGGUUUACGACGAGAGGCAGAAAAAGGAAAACGGGACCUCAGACGAGUCCUCUAGCGAACAAACAGCUUUUAAAUGCUUCGCCCAGUCCACCUCCCCCGCCGUGUCUGCGGUGGGCACCUCAAAUCUGAAAGAUUUGUGUCCCAGCGACGGCGAGAGCGACUCGGAAAGCAAAGAAGACCCGCUGGAGGCCAGCGACGCUGGGAAAAUCACCACCACCACCACCUCGACCAGCACGGCCCCCAGCCACCACAGCAGUUCGGCGGCGGCCCCCGGCCCCGGCGGAGGGGCGGGGGAGGCUCGGGAGAAGCACAGCCCGACGAAGCCUUCCCUCUACCCUCCGGACUCGGCAGGCAGCCGGAGCCGAGAGGCGGCCUCCAAGGCGGCUCCGGACUCCCGGCACAGCCCGGCCACCAUCUCCUCCAGCACACGCAGCCUGGGCGGGGAGGAGGCCAAGACCCCCCCCCAGGAGGACUGCAGGGGAGGCCUGGCCAAGGAGCCCUUCGCCCCCCUGACGGUGCAGACGGACGGCGGCGGCCACCUGGCCCCGGGACACCUGCCCAGCCUGGCCUUCCCGCCCCCCCAGCAGUUCUUCAGCCCCCUGGCCAACGGGCACCCCCUGCUGCUCCACCCCGGCCAGUUCGCCAUGGGCGGCGCCUUCUCCGGCAUGGCGGGCAUGGGCCCUCUGCUGGCCACCGUCUCCGGCGCCACGGCGGGAGUCACCGGCCUGGAUAACACGGUGAUGGCCACGGCGGCGGCGGCCCAGGGACUGUCCAGCGCUUCGGCGGCGGCGGCGGCGGCGGCAGCGCUGCCCUUUCACCUGCAGCAACACGUCCUGGCCUCGCAGGGGUUGAGCCGCGGUCCNUUCGGAAGCCUCUUCCCUUACCCCUACACCUACAUGGCGGCCGCCGCCGCCGCCUCGACGGCAGCCAGCAACUCGGUCCACCGGCACCCCUUCCUCAGCGCCGUGCGCCCGCGGCUCCGCUACAGCCCCUACUCGGUGCCGGUGCCCCUGCCGGACAGCAGCAGCCUCCUCUCCACGGCCAUGUCCUCCCUGGUGGGCGGCGGCGGCGCGGCGGAAGGCAAAGCCGGCGCCUUGGCAUCCAGCCCGGCCUCGGGAGCCUUGGAUUCCGGCUCAGAACUCAACAGCCGCUCCUCCACGCUCUCCUCGGGCUCCGUCUCCCUCUCCCCCAAGCUCUGCUCGGACAAGGAAGCCACCAGCGAGUUGCAAAACAUCCAGCGCUUGGUGAGCGGACUGGAAUCCAAGCAGGACAGAGCCCGGAGCGGCUCGCCCUAGAGAGAGACUCCCACCCACCCCUUUGGAACCGGGGGACCCCUUUUCCUCCUGGCUAGAACCCGGAGUCUCCCCAAGUUGGGGGGCGGUGGGGUGGGUGAAGAAGAGGGAGGAAGGGGCGAGGGGGUCGCGGUGAACAAGCUGCUAUUCGGAACCAGACUGCGGGGUUCCUGGACUUGAGGGGGGGGGGCGGGGGCACCGAUUCAGGAAAGGCGCUGAAGUCUGGGCUUGGCUUUCUUCUAUUGUUCCUUCGCGGCGUGCGCCAGAAACGGAGGAGACCAGAGGGAAGGAGAUCCAAAGAAAGGCUCGCUGGCAUCUUUCCGGGAUUUAAAAAGGGGACUUUGCAUAUCUUAUCGUUAACAAACACACAGAGAAAAGCGCCUGGUCUUGUCAAUCGUUGUUAGGGAGGGUGUUACCCUUUAAUCGUGUGACGUCUGUCAGCCCGAGAAGCUGACUUUGCAUGCUCCGGUCUAAUCGUCUUCUUUUGGAGGGUGCUUUUUUUUUUUUUUUUUUUUUUUAAAUGUUUCUUAAAAUCCCCGGAACUUUUUUGUUCUUUACAAAACUUCCCCACUUUUUAUUCUCCACUCAUUCCCGUAGCAACAAUUUAAAAUGUAGACGAGGGGAACCAGGGUGGGUGGGUGGUUUUGUUUUACUUUAUUUUUUUUUUUUAAAAAGGGCCUCGGUUCCUUGUAGAACUUUCAGACCCCCCCCCUUUACUGUAUAUGCAAUAACAAGGUUUAAAACAUAUUACGAAGAAGAAGAAGAAGAAAGUGGACACUAUUGAUAAAGUAUUUAUGUAAUUAAUGGAGAACUUGUAAAUAGGCGGUAUAUGAAAUACUAGAAAAUUAAAAUUUAAUUUAUUGAGAUUGUACAUAGGACUGUAAAUAAGGACUGCAUCUGUCUUCUUUCGGUUUUUCAAGUAGCUUUCAUUUCAAAAUCGGGAGCCCCCUCGAAAAGAAUCCAGACUUCUAAAGCAAGCAAAAAUCCAAGAGUCAUGAUGGAGAGGGGAAGUGUUUACAUUGAUACUGGUUUUAUUUGGGUUCACUGUGAU